AUGUUCUUGACCUUUGCCCGGCCACGUGGGAAGCCCCAUGUUUCUGGUAGCAAAGUCCGUUUGGAAGCGUGGAAGAUCAAGCGGCUAGUGACGAUCUUCAAUCGUGCUGCCAAGCGUGGACACUACCCCAGAGAACCCGGCAUGCGUGCAAUCUAUCAGCAGGCUGGUAUCCCGUUGCCAGCUGACCCACGUGACUACACAGCAUUUAAGGCUUAUGAUUUCGGUGUGUUUGUGUGUGUGCGUGCGCCCUCUCCCUCAGCAACCUUUUUGAUGGGAACAAUUGAGGUUCGAGAGAGCCUUCAGACUCUGAAGAUGAUGCGGAGGGUGAAGAAAGCAGUGAUGUACAAACAGUACCCUGGCUGGAUGUUCAAUGUUGACAAGUGCAAAGCAAGUAGCCAUGCCCAAUGCCCAUGCCCGGUACUUAUCCCUCUUGGAUUGAAAUGCCUAGGAUGA